AUGGCACCUUCGCGAGAUCACGAAUUAUUCGGCAAUCUUGCGCCGUUCGCCGAGCCUGCGUGGUGCAACGACCUCGCAUCGCCAUACUACAAUGAGAGCCACAGGCGCGUCCGCGACUACGUCCGCCAGUAUCUGAGCGAGCACGUCGUCCCCUACGCAGAGGAGUGGGAGGAGAACGGCCACGUGCCGGACGAGGCCAGGAAGCACUACGCGCGCUCGGGUUUGGCCUUCCAGGGCAUCCCUCGCGAAUACUCUGGUGCUGUUGGGCUGCCUGCGGGUAUCUCGCAUGAAGACUGGGACAUCUUCCAUUCUCUCGUGGUGAGCCAUGAGGUGAGUAGGAUUGGCUACGCCGGAGUCACAGUAGGCCUGUCUGGAGGUACAUCAAUUGGGAUCCCCCCCAUCAUCGUCCACGGCACCGAGAAGCAGAAGCGAGACUGGCUCCCGGGGAUCUUCACAGGAGAGAUCAGCUUCUGCCUGGGGGCCACCGAACCCACAGGUGGCUCGGAUUUGGCCAAUCUCAAGACGACAGCGAGGAGGACCGAGGACGGCCAAGCGUAUAUCGUGAAUGGCCACAAGAAAUGGAUCACCGGCGCGAUCCGCGCAACGUACAUGACAACCGCCGUGAGGACCGGCGGGCCUGGCAUCGCCGGCGUCUCCAUGCUGGUCAUCCCCCUCGACUCGCCUGGCGUCACCCGGCGCAGGAUCAAGAACAGCGGCUGGAACGCGGCGGACAGCACCUGGGUGACGCUGGAGAACGUCAGGGUGCCUGCCGAUCACCUCAUCGGGCGGGAGAACGAGGGCUUCCAGUACUUAAUGAUAAACUUCAACCGGGAGCGGUUCACAAUGGCCGCUGGCAUGAACACGCAGGCGCGGAUCUGCCUCGAGGACGCCUGGGCGUACGCGAUGGACCGCAAGACCUUUGGCAAACCGCUCUUCUCCCAUCAGGUCAUCCGGCACAAGUUGGCCACGCUGGCCCGCUACAUUGAGUCGCAUUGGGCGUGGAUCGAGCAGAUCGCAUACCACUGCAAGGUCAACGGUGGGGAGAUGGGGCCUGAGGUCGCCUCGAGAAUCGCGCUGGCAAAGGUCCACGGCGGCCGGCUUCUGGAGCUUGCGUCGCGCGAGGCGCAGCAGAUCUUUGGAGGGCUUGGAUACCAGCGUGGAGGGCUGGGAGGCCGCGUCGAGCAGAUAAGUCGUGAUGUGCGGGUCAACAUCGUUGGGGGCGGGAGUGAAGAGAUCAUCACUGAUCUGGCGGUAAGACAGGAGAUGGCGAUAGCGCUUAAGAGAGGGGCCAAGCUCUGA